UGGUUUAACUCAAAACUGCAAACGCUGUAAAAGUUUCUCAACCCGACAAAACCCAUAAGCAAAAUCACAGAUCCGAUCUGAGAAUACCGCACUCUUACAAACGCGACUUGGAAGCUUUCUCUUUUUCAUGAUCGAAGUACCAAUUCGAAAGCUCAAUCUCACUUCAAAUCCUUUUUGUUCAGUGAUUGAUACAAUUGUGCUAAGCUAUGUCCUCAUUUUUGCACCAAAGAACUCUCCACAGUGUACUCUCGAAUCCUUAUCCAUUAUCACCGCGCAGUUCUUCUAAUGCCCAAAGACAAAUUUCAAUAUUUGGGCGCACAGGGCUUAUAGUUCUAUUCUCGCUAAUGCUAAUUCUUGGUGUAUUCAUGCCAUGGACGGGGAUGCCUGAUCUCUUUUCGGUGACUGGACCUUCUCUCGCUAAAUGGCGUCAAUACUCGCUAGCCCAAGCGGUGUCAUUUGUGGCCAAGAAUGGGACUGUGAUUGUUUGUGCAGUGAGCGAGCCUUACUUGCCGUUUCUUAAUAAUUGGUUGAUUAGUAUUGCAAGGCAAAAGCAGCAAGACAAGGUGCUUGUUAUUGCUGAGGAUUAUGCAACGCUGUACAAGGUGAAUAAGAGGUGGCCUGGCCAUGCUGUGCUUAUUCCACCAGUUCCCGAUUCCCAAACUGCGCAUAAGUUUGGUUCUCAGGGAUUCUUCAAUUUCACAUCUCGAAGACCUCGUCACCUGCUGCACAUUCUGGAACUUGGAUAUAAUGUUAUGUAUAAUGAUGUUGAUAUGGUCUGGUUACGAGAUCCUUUCCCCUAUUUGGAGGGAAAACAUGAUGUGUACUUCACCGACGACAUGGCUGCUGUGAAGCCUCUGAACCACUCCCAUGCUUUGCCACCUCCAGGGAAAAAGGGGCGCACUUAUAUAUGCAGCUGCAUGAUUUUCCUGCGCCCUACUGAUGGAGCAAAACUAGUUAUGAAGAAGUGGAUUGAGGAACUUCAAGCUCAACCAUGGUCUAAAGCAAAGAAAGCAAAUGACCAGCCUGCUUUCAAUUGGGCAUUAAACAAAACUGCUGGGCAGGUGGACCUUUACCUAUUGCCGCAAGUGGCAUUCCCUACAGGAGGAUUAUACUUCAAGAACCAGACAUGGGUGCAGGAAACUAAGGGAAAACAUGUUAUCAUUCACAACAAUUACAUCACAGGUUUUGAGAAGAAGAUAAAGCGGUUCCAUGAUUUUGGCCUUUGGUUGGUGGAUGAUUAUGCUCAAGAGUCUCCACUUGGCAAAUUAUGAUGAGUUGAAAUACUGUAUAAACUAUUUCUAGAUGACCAGUCACCACUUCUCCAUCGCUGGCAAAAUACAAGUUGCAAGUUGCGCAAUUUUCUUCCAUCAACUGCCAGUCAUUUGAUCCUGUUCAAGUUAUGGAGCAUAGGAAGCUUAUGCGGUUAUGUUUUGUCGUAAUGAAUUAGAUCACUAUGCCCUGUAAUGACCCAUUUGCUGUACAAAAUCAAUACAUUCUUCUGAAGUCAAUGAAAGAAAAAUUAAUUGUCGAAUCUAUUGUGAAA